UCGGCUAGUCUUUGUUGUGUUGUGUAUUGUCCGUCUUGGAAGUCAGCGGUAUGGCUGCUGAGUUAUUUUGUAAGACGACGAUUGAAGGUUAAUGUAUAUAGUACUUUUCAAAACAUGAUCCAUUUUCGCAGUCCCUAUGCGAAAAUAUCGUUUGUUGCUCUUAGUUUCAUCGUUGUUGUGUUGCUGUACAAAAACUGGGCCCAGACAGAGGCUCUGCUCGACAAUCGACUGAGAGAUGAUCGGGAGGUUGAACACACAGAGGUGAGGGAAGGAGAGGAGCUGGCCCCAGAACAGUGGAGUGCCAGACAGACCAAUGAUGUGACAGGGCUGGAGGAGGCCCAGGAGAGGAUUCGACAGCUGGAGGCCAAGCUGCUCUCCCUGGACAGACGAAUUCCUAAGGCCUUCCCUACUGUACGCUUCCUAAGCUACAGAGCCAAGAAACGUAUUCUGGUAACAGGAGGUGCAGGGUUCGUGGGGUCUCACCUGGUGGACCGCUUGAUGAUGGCAGGCCAUGAGGUGAUCGUGGUGGACAACUUCUUCACUGGCCGCAAGGGCAAUGUGGACCAUUGGAUGGGCCAUGAGAACUUCGAGAUGAUCCACCAAGAUAUUGUUAAUCCUUUAUUUAUUGAGGUGGACGAAAUAUACCACUUGGCCUCCCCGGCGUCUCCUCCCCACUACAUGUUCAACCCAGUCAAGACCAUCAAGACUAACACCAUAGGAACCAUAAAUGUUCUAGGGUUAGCCAAGCGGGUCAAAGCGAAGGUCCUUAUCGCCAGUACCUCAGAAGUCUAUGGAGACCCAGAGGUCCACCCUCAGCCGGAGACAUACUGGGGUCACGUCAACCCUAUAGGGCCAAGAGCUUGUUAUGACGAAGGCAAGCGAGUGGCAGAGACGCUGAGCUAUGCGUACGCCAAGCAUGACAAAGUGGCAGUGCGGGUUGCCCGGAUAUUUAACACAUACGGCCCUCGGAUGCACAUGGAUGACGGCAGAGUGGUCUCCAACUUCAUACUGCAGGCUCUACGUAACGAAACCAUCACAGUUUAUGGCCGUGGAAAUCAGACUCGGUCGUUCCAGUACGUCUCAGAUCUGGUGGAUGGCUUAAUAGCUCUCAUGGCUUCCAAUUACACAUUACCCAUCAAUCUGGGAAACCCUGUGGAAUAUUCCAUUAAAGAAUUCGCUGUGAUGAUCAAGAAGCUCGUGGGGGGCAACAACCCCAUAGAACAGACUGCAGCUGUAGAGGAUGACCCUCAACGCAGGAAACCUGACAUUUCUAGAGCUAAACGCUACCUACAGUGGGAACCUAAGGUAUCGUUGGAAGUGGGACUGAAGAGGACAGUAGCAUAUUUCCGUGAAGUCUUGGCUGAAAACAAGUGGAAACACUUGACGGUAGCGUCAGUCACAAAGGGCUUUAGCCCUGGCUAGAAAGGCUGAUUAGGAGUAGCAUCGAUAACACCACUUAAUUUUUAUUCAUCAGUCACUGUUAGAAUGUAAAUGGUACUGAAAAAAUCCAGUGAGUUUUAGCAAUUUCAUAAUAAGUUUGAGUACUAAUUUCAUAACAUUCUGAAAGAAUUUCAACAAAUUAUUUUAACCACCAAAUAAGUUUUCAGUAAGCCAUCUCUACAUGAUCAGCAUGACUGUGUGUAAGACUUUGAACACAGUUGGCUGAUAAUUGUACCUGAUGCUGUCAAUUUGUGUUUGAUGUGCUAUUCGUGCUGCUCUCUAAUAAAAUGGUACAAUUUCUAAUGACUAGUGCUGUUUUCUGUUUUAUUUCUUAAUUACAAUUAAUUCGUUUAGCUGUUUGGGCUUCUAUAUGCCUGGGAUGAUCAUGUUGGGGUGAAGUCAAUCUGGAUUAGAAUAUUAACUGAUGAGGAAAUUAGUAUGGGCACCCCUUCAGUGCUACAAGCAUUAGUUGUAGAGAAUAUCCAUGAAUAUUCCGCCGGUUGUUUUUACUAUAGAUACAAACUGUAUAAAUAUAAGACAUUAAAAUGGACCAUGACAGUGAUAUAAAUGGCUCAAAUAAGGUAACACCACACCAUUAACAAAGUGUAGGCAGGUGUAAUCUUCCCUAGACAUUGUUAUAAACUAUACAGCGAGUGCCGAAUUUAUGACAGCACAUUGAGGGAUGGUUUCUAGACGUACCUUUAUGGUUCUGACACUUUCAGCCAAGACCCUACUUACCAGUGAAUGUGUCAGUGGAGUUUAACUGAAAGUUUACUUUUAAACAGUGUUAGAUUUUAGCUAAAGCAUUAAAUUUACGUAUUUGUAUUAUGAUAUUUGUGCUUUUGUUAAGCCGUAUUAUUUGUUAUCAGUUGUAAAUCAGGUUAGUUUAUUAUCUUUCAUGAAUUUUAAGCACUUUACAAAACUGUAAGAACGAGAGAAACGUUUUAUAAUAUUAAACUGAGAAUGUAUUACUGUUGAAAACGUAUAAAAUAACAUAGUUCAAAAUUGUUUUAUGAUGGAAAAAAAAUUAAAAAUGCCUCUAUUGGA